AUGGCCUUAUCACUUACCCCAGCACUCGCACUGUCUUUAAUCUUAGUGGACAAGUAUGGAGAUGUACGAAAUAAUGAGCUCGGUUUUGAUGAGAACGAUGAUUCCGAUGGCGGUGAUGCUAGUAUUGAGAAAGUGCAAAACGCUCUUGAUGUAUUGGGUGAAGAUGGGUUAGUAACUAUGUUUGAGAGGAUGUUUGCUGAGUUUGAGAACGAAGAUGCACAUGAGCUUAUUCGCGUACACAGACAUGUUCUGAAGGAUGUAUUUCAUUUGAUGGAUAUGCUACCAGCCAGUGAGAGUCAUGGUUACCCUUGGAAAUUCUGGCAGCUCUUUCGCGAUGCACUCUUCAUAGAUAAUGCACAUGAUAAGGCGAAAAAACUUAUAAUAAUCAAUGCUUAG